CACGCCUGUGUGCUUCGGCGGCUUUUGCAGCUGUUGCCGCUGAUGUUGCUGCUGCUGCUGUUUCGCUUCGUCUUUUGUAGCUUCGUCGUUUCAUAGAAUAAUGCCGUUUCGCUCUACUAACAUCUAAUGUUCCCUUUUAUGCUCAUCGAAACCCAUAGAUGGGUAAUACGGGUGUCAGAAUCCGCUUCCCAAUCUGCUCACCUAGCUUAGCUUCCCAAUCUCAACAACCGUAGUCGACUGCUGCCAAGCAAACCGAGUCCGUUGGGCGAUCUUGGAUGUGUCUUUUUUCGAAUAUCUCUUAUUGCAUCGCCCGCCCUCGUUCCCCUUAUUGUUCGCCGCAAUGACCGGCCUGCCCCCCAGCCAAUCGUUUCCGCGGAGCGCCGUCGGUAGUCCCGCCUGCCCCGCGGACGCACAUUCUCUCCGCGGAAGCCCGCGCGGGGCGGAGAAAGCUUCUUCCCCCAUCGGCGCAACCGCGAUCUCCUUAGAGAUCGAGGAUCCCCGCGGUUUUCCCGCCGCUGCGGGGGACGGACGCGUGGAUGGCGCUACCCGCGCGUACGCGGAGAGAGGUGGAGAGGCGGGGCUCAGCGCGGGGGUCGCCGCUCCCCUUGCUUUCUCUUCCGCAGCCCCCGCGGAUAUUUAUCGGGACGAAGCAGGCGGAGGGGGGAUUGGGCUACUUACCGCGGAAGAGGGCGCGCGGGGAACUUCAGUAGGCGGAGCCCUUGGCGGAGCCGGAGGGGCAACAAGCGGGGGUAGGGGGGACGGGGAGCAGGAUGGCGGAGCGGACUUUCCGCCUGAUGAUGACGUGGAGGACGACUUAGCGCUCAUCACCCUACAACGGCAAACCCCCUCUCGAAAACCCACGCUCCUAAGCGGCUUCUGCGGGCAAAUCCUCUCCCCAGUCACCAGCCCUAUAACGGGGAUAGCGGCGUGGAUGCGCGAGCUGGGGCGCGUGUUUGGGUGGCCGCUGCUGGGCGUGGUGAUGGUGACGUAUGGCAUCAACCAGGGGUAUGCGAGCUCGCUCACGGACCUGUCGCUUAGUUACUACUGGAAGGACGUGCAGCACCUGCAACCCGCCGCUGCCCAGUUCUACAUGAGCUUCGUGGGCAUCCCGUGGGACGUGAAGCCGCUCUACGGCAUGAUCACCGACACCUUCCCCAUCCUCGGCUUUCAACGGUGGCCGUACAUCGCCCUAUCCGGCAUAAUCGGCACGGUGGCAUGGUGGGCGCUGGGUGGGCUGCCGGCGCUGGUGCCCGCGCUAGCCACGUGUCUGCUGGUGACGCAGUCGCUCUUCUGCGCCGUGCCUGACGUGGUGGUGGAUGGCAUGCUGGCGCAGGAGAUCCGGCAGAAGCCCACAUACGCCGCAGACCUGCAGUCCCUCCCCUCGGCCUGUCUCGCCCUGGCUUCCCUCCUCACCUACACCGUCAGCGGCUCACUGAUCAAAGCGCUCGGCCCCUGUGGCACCUUCUUCCUCAUCUCCCUCUCGCCGCUCUCUCUCCUCGUGGUUGCGCUCUCACUCCCAGAGGCGCGCCUGCCCGAGGGGAGGAGGACAGGGAACGUGAGGAAGCUGGGGCGCACGUGGCGGCGCUUCGUGGGGACGAUCCGGCACAGGAAGAUCGCCCGGGCCGCUCUGUUUCUGUUUAUUGUUCAGGGCGGAGUGAUCCCGGACAUCAGCUCAGGGAUGUUCUUCUGGCUGACGGACCCCCAACACGGCCCGGGCUUCAGCGAGGUGUUUAUGGGCGUGGUGGGGGCGGUGGGGCAGGUCGGCAUGCUGCUGGGAGUGGCUGCCUACAACCUCUGGCUCCGCCGCUUUACCUACCGCUCCAUCCUCUUCUGCACCCAGUUCCUCCUGUUCGCCACAUGCUGCCUGGACCUCCUCCUAGUCACGCGCACGAACCUCAGGCUCGGCAUCCCGGACCACGCGUUCCUUAUCGGCGACCAGGCCUUCUCAGUAGCCAUGGCGCGCCUGCAGAUCAUGCCGAUCCUUGUCCUCGCCGCACGCAUGUGCCCCUCGGGCAUCGAAGCCACCCUCUUUGCUUUCUACAUGGCUACGACCAACUUUGGCCGGACUUGCUCGGAGUGGUGGGGCGCUGCGCUGCUGCACGGGGUGGGCGUGAGGAGGGAGAGUUAUGAGAAUCUGUGGGUGGCGGUGGUGGUGCGCAUGGGGGCUCGCCUGCUGCCGCUGCUGGCGCUGGGGUUGCUGCCGGAAGGAGGUCCAGAGAGUGAGGUUGUAGAGCAGUUGGAGCUGGAUGGGAGUGAGGGGGAGGAAGAGGAGGAGAAGGAGGAGGGAGGGGAAGAGGAGGGAGGAGGCGAGGUGAGGCUAAAGAGGGGGAUGCUGACGAUGAGGCAGGAGGAGCAGAGAGGGCUUGUGAAGAGGCUGGACUUUGACUUGGACGAGGAAACGUGCGGCGCAGUUUCUGAUGCGCCUCAAAAGUCGAAUCAUCGGUCGAAGGAGGAGGUAUGUGGAGCAGCAGGAGGGGCACCAGUAGGAGUAGGUGCAUCUGGUGAUGCCCAUGCUGCUGCUGCUGCUGCUGCUGCUGGUGAGGUGGUUAGCAGUGACACUGGGGUGGACAGAGUAGGGGAAUCCGAGCAGCUUCUGCUAGGGAGUGUCAUCCAAUCAGGCUCCUCCUCACGGAUAGCUGCUGGAUUGGAGAGCAGCAGCAGCCAGCAGGGGAAGCACGGAGCAACCAGCCAUAACCUUAUGGAUGACCUGCAGGUGUAGGAGCUCAAGGAUGGAGCCUAGAGGCAAUGCAAGGGGGACCAGUCACCAGUACCGGUGCAUGCGAUGCAAGGCAUGCUAAGCAGGGCUCGUUUACAACUUUACAUGCUCUGCCUGGCUGCUGGCAACUGUUGCUCCUCCAUAGCCAGCCAGCCAUCGGCAGUUACCUAAGCCAAGAGGCUCUGGCUUGGCCAUAAGGAGCCACCUUGCAGGCUUGGCUGCAACACUGCAACUUUUCUUUGGCUCGCCUAGUGGGCUGUAGUAAUUUAUUUGAGGUAUAGAUAAGGAAUAAUUUAUUUCACCCAGUUUGCCCAGGAGAAUGUGCAGAUAGGUGUUAUAAUACCAUCUUGGU